AUGGCCUCAGGAAACUCUACCUACACCUACGAAGGUCUCACAGGGUGGAAGCGCUUCCGUCCACUGCGGCCCUUCCGGGGCAUGUAUCACGACAUCAAACGCCGUCUGCCCUACUAUCGCAGCGAUAUUACAGAUGCUUUCACCUAUCGAACAGUGGCCAGUACAGUCCAUAUGUAUUGCGCCAACAUCCUUCCGGCUAUUGCAUUCACGCUUGACAUGUAUCGCAGAACAGGCCAAUUCUUUGGAAUCAAUGAAGCGCUCUUUUCGUCAGCCAUGGCAGCCCUUAUAUUUAGCGUUUUUGGAGCGCAGCCACUGAAUAUUGUCGGGAUCACCGGUUUAAUCUCGCUAUUCAACUAUACGAUCUUCAAUAUCGUAACGCGGUACGAACCUGUGAUCUAUGCAAACUUCAUGUGCUGGACGGCUAUUUGGGCGGCAAUUUUUCAUUGGAUUGUGGCUGUGUGUAAUCUAUGUGAUUAUAUGCGCUAUGUCACGGAUUUUUCAUCCGAGUCAUUUGGAAUGUAUAUUGGAAUCGUCUAUCUAUCCAAAGGGGUGGGAGAACUAGUGCAUGAGUUUAGCAAAGUAGGACUUGCAGCCGGAUUCAUGAGCUGCAUGAUCGCGAUCCUUUACUUCUUAACUGUCUACGCUCUUGAACUAUUGGCAACAAGCACCGUUUUUCGGCCGACCAUUCGCGCCCUACUGACAGACUAUGCAUAUGUUUUUGCUACUAUGUUCUGGGUAGGCUUCUCGCACAUCCCGGGUAAUCUCAAAGCCGCGGAUAUCUCCAGAGUGCCCAUUUCACGGGCGUUCUAUCCCACCCAACCGCGUGGUUGGCUGAUUCACUUCUGGGAACUUGAUGUGAAGUGGGUAUUUGCGGCGAUGCCGUUUGGAUCCCUAGUUAUGCUUCUUUUCUACUACGACCAUAACAUCAGCAGUCUUACAGCCCAAGCCCGCCGAUUUCCCCUCAAAAAGCCCACCGGCUUCCACUGGGACUUCUUCCUCCUCGGCAUCACCACCUUCCUCGCCGGUAUAACCGGCGUCCCCAUGCCCAACGGCCAAGUCCCCGUGCAUACGAACUCCCUCGUAAACUUCCGAACGGAGCUCGACAUCGUCUCGAUGGCUGAGGGCGAACGCGAGGGCGAACGCGAGGGCGCGGAAAUCCGUCGGCACAUCAUGAAACCCGUUAGUGUCGUUGAACAGCGCGUUUCACACUUUUUUAUGGGGCUAGGAAUUAUCGGGACCAUGACGGGGCCAUUACUUAUUGUGCUGCAUACUAUGCCUGCGGCGGUGUUUGCAGGGGUUUUCUUCACAGUGGGGUGGGGGUCUAUUGGAGGGAAUGGGAUUCUUAAGAAGUCCGUGUUUCUCUUACUGGAUCAUCGAUUUGUGGCAAGGCAUGAGCCGUUACUUAAGGUCCGGCAGAGGAAAAUUAUACUCUGGAUUGCGUGUCAGCUGUUUGGAGUCACGGCGAGUCUGGCUAUUUCGUUUACCAUCGCGGCAAUUGGGUUUCCUGUUGUUAUCAUUGCGUUGGUUCCCUGGCGAGUGUGGAUUCUUCCUAAGUGGUUCAGUCAGGAGGAACUUCAGGUUCUUGACUGUCUGACGGCGAAUAACGCCGCCGUGCUGGAGAGUAUGGGUGGCCCGCCUAGCUUCCCUGGUGAGCGUCCGACUCGGCCGGAGGACAUGGAUACUGAGCAGCAGCAGAAGAGGGCGGAUGGGCAACAGCGAUUUGGGACUUAUCAUCGGUGA